AUAUGCGCCAGGCGCAAUUCAAAUCGCCUUUUUCCCUUCAGUUCUCUGUCGCUAAACCUCAGCUAAAACUUUCAGUUCAAUACUUACCCCGGGGAUGGCCCAAUCUUGUGCUGCUACGUCAUCUUCAAUCAGCGUCUUUGGCUCUCUCUUCCCUAACUCUCACACAGACUCUCACUCACGCUCUCUCGCUCUUCGCUUCAAUCGAUUGCGAUUCAGGAAAUCAAUUGUAUCAAGUAACAGAGGAAAGAAAUAUGGCGCUUAUGAAGUGAAAGCGUUGCUUUCAAGUGAGUUUUCAAGUAUUGAAGACUACGAAAGUUCAUGGCAAGGGAUUUGGUCUAUAAGAAAUGAUCUUGAAGUUCCAUCUUCACCGUAUAUUCCUACUUAUGCACAAGGAGAGCAGGGGCCUUCUCCAAUGGUGCAUGAGCGUUUCCACAACGUGCUCAGCCAGCUCUUUCAACAUAGGAUCAUCCGAUGUGGAGGGCCUGUUGAUGAUGAUAUGGCAAAUAUUAUUGUGUCUCAACUCCUUUAUCUUGAUGCUUUGGAACCUAACAAGGAUAUUAUCAUGUAUGUCAACUCUCCAGGAGGAUCAGUAACAGCUGGUAUGGCCGUAUAUGAUACCAUGAGGCAUAUAAGACCUGAUGUUUCCACUGUGUGUGUUGGACUGGCUGCCAGCAUGGGGGCUUUUCUGCUUAGUGGUGGCACCAAAGGAAAAAGGUACAGUCUGCCAAACUCAAGGAUAAUGAUCCAUCAGCCUCUUGGUGGGGCACAAGGAGGGCAAAGUGAUGUUGAUAUACAGGCAAAUGAAAUGCUACAUCACAAAGCAAACUUAAAUGGGUACCUCUCUUACCAUACUGGUCAAAGUCUUGAGAGGAUUAAUCAGGACACUGACCGUGAUUUUUUCAUGAGUGCGCAAGAAGCCAAAGACUAUGGGCUUAUAGAUGGUGUCAUCAUGAACCCUCAUAAGGUUCUCCAGCCAGUAGCAGAUCAGUGAAAAAGUAUUUGAACUAUUCAACUUUAACCAUGCAAUCGUAGCUCUCCUAGAGUUACUUUUAGUUAUAGUUUUUCCUAUUUGAUGAGUAUGUUUGAAUGGUACAAUCCAUGAUGCUAGUUUCAUGUAUAAGUGAUGAUCAAAUACAGUUUUGGAACUGGAGGAAAUACAAUAAUUUUGGUGUUCAUGACAA